AUGACAGUUGCGGAAAGGCUGAAGAAUCGCUUAAUGGAAGACUAUGACAUCUCGAUUCGGCCGGUUCAAAACGAGAACGACGUCAUCACACUCAAUAUUUCGCUAAACUCUAUGACAGUUCUUGUGCUCGAUCCUACUGAAGAAACUGUCACCUUUUCUUGCGAGUUUAUACUUCAAUGGCAGGACGAAUUCCUUAAAUGGAAUAUGUCGGAAUAUAAUAUCACAUGGAUCAAAUUGAAGGAAGACCUCGUCUGGAUUCCAGACACCACAGUAACCACAAGCGUAUCGACAACAUCCCUUCUGGAUCCAUCCGAUCGAUAUGUUUCUUUGAAAUAUGACGGAACCAUUCGGCAAAGCAUUUACGCGGUUUUCAAGAAUCUUUGCGACAUGAAUGUCGAAAAAUUCCCAUAUGAUGUUCAAAAAUGUCUCAUAAAUAUUGGACCAUUUACGUACACAUCAAGCGAAAUUCAUUGUGUCGCUGGUCCGGAAAUUUUUGAGAAUUCCACAUAUUUUGAAGGGAAUAGUGAAUGGGAUUUCGAAGGUGUGACGAACACCCAUGUGUAUUCGGUGGAUCCUGACGUCAAUUUCACCUAUUCUGAAAUCAAUUUCACGCUCAUCGUUCGUCGUCGCCCUCAAUUCUACGUGUGGGUGCUUCUGAUCCCAACCUAUAUAAUCACCGUCGUCUGCAUAUUCGGCCUAUUCACACCGUCGUCGAGUUUGGGCUAUCGCGAGGAAAGAGUGAAUCUCGGAAUCACGACGCUGCUCUCAUCGGCGGUCAUCCUGCAGAUCGUUGCCUCGUCGAUGCCGAAGACGUCCGAAUUGCCCCUAUUAGGAAAUUUCAUUCUCGCCGAAAUUUUCGUCGUCGCCAUCGGCGUCCUGUUUGCUGUUCUCGUGCUCUCCAUUCAUCAUCGAGCCCAUACAAGGGAAUGGAGGCCGCCGAGCUGGUUAUUGUGGAUUCUCAGAAUGUCGGGUUCGAAAAAGUUUCUGUCAAAAAAUCUACCAAAAAUCACGAGAAAAUUGACGAAAGAGGAAGUUGUGCAAUAUUCCGGCGAGGGCGCCAAUUUUAUUCGAAAUCUUGAUGAAUCGCUGACGUCGAUACGCGAAUAUUUGAACGAAGAGGAGCGCGAUUUUCAUCGAGAAUUGACUUGGAUGAAAUUUUUCGAUCGUUUGGAUCUCUUGCUUCUUGCUAUAUUUCAAAUAGCAAAUGUGCUGGUUACUGUAUUUCUGGUUAAAAAUUGA